UUAGAUUAAAUGACAUUAUUUGUUUAAUUGUGGAUAAAGAACGAUCUAUACGACGGAGGAACGAUAUAAUUGAGCGAUGUGGAUUCCGAACGGAAGUUUCAGCGGGUGCACACUGUCCAGCAACGCUUGUUCGGUCGGUCUGUUUGACAAAAUGUUUAUAUGGCCGAGGGGUUUUACUAGUUACAUUACUUGUACUACCCGCUUGGUAAUAGUUUAGGUGUACUCUAGCCAUUCUUUCUGAGCAGGUUUUUCAGCAGAUGUGAGUUGACGCCUCAAAAUUCGCAUUACAUUAUCCGAUAUUAGCUAGCUCACGUUAGCUAGCUUGGUAACGUUAGUUGAACAAAUAUAUAGAGCAGUGGUUUGACUAUAGCUAACCAUCUUAGCAUUCGCUUUAUAAGUGUAGUAUAGUCACAUAAGUUGCCUUCCAUUCGCGUUCAACAUGGACAACCAAGAACACUGCUCUCCCUCUGAAGGAUGCGUCGACCGGUCUACGCUGGUGUCGGGGGUUGGAAAGAAUAUCAAGUCAAUUUUGUGCCAACGUUGUGGAUCGAAGGUCCUCUGCCCAGGGAUGGCAGUUUUUGCAGAGAAGGAGCUGUUCCUGCCCUCAAUGCGGAAGAAGACCACUAUCACCCAAUCAGAGGGAUCCGUGGAUGGGGACACACUGACUACCCACUGGUUAGUCGACGACAUGUACACCUUUGAGAAUGUGGGCUUCACUAAGGACGUGGGGAGAAUCAAGUACCUCAUUUGUGCAGACUGUGAGAUUGGACCCAUUGGCUGGCACUGCCUGGAUGACAAAAAGAGCUUCUAUGUUGCAUUGGAAAGAGUCAAUCAUGCCUAGUGUGGCCCACUGUAAGAACCUGGGGAAACUUAAGAGGGUGUACACAUUUGGAACUGAAGGACAAGACAGACCAACACAAACGUCGCCUUGCGCAGUAGAUCACUCGCUGGGUGUCGAAAGACAGUGCCGAUUCAACAUGUAGAAUUGUCGUGAAAUCAACAGAAAAUGACGGCAAAUGUUCUGUGGUCAGAGGCAAUAGGACGGUCACCCACUGCGCAUGGGCAACAUAUGCGUUGGUCUGGCUUGUCCUUAACUCUUUUCGAUCUUCACUUUCCCUCUGGCUGGUGCUGGAUGCUGUCUCGGUUAUUAUGAUGACUCCUUAGUUCAGCAACGUUGUUCUCUACUGAUCAACAAUCGUAUUGAUGUGGUUCUCUGAACAAAUGUCUUAUCAGUCUAUAAAACUGUUAUUCAAUCCAAUACUGUAACUAACCCAUAUUCAGGUGUUAUGCUUUGGUCUGAGGUUAACGCUACAGCCUUUGGAAUUGUAUUACUUGUAUAGGCCUACUUGUUAUUAUUACUUUCAACUUCUGAAAUAUUAUCAGAAUAUCUCUGUUCUUCUAACACUUAUUGCAGAUGCUAAUGUGAAAUGAUGUGGUGCAUUUGGACUUCUACUGUUUGAAUGAUUAGUGUGCUUAUCAGCAUAGCACACCCUUUGCCUUGCAUGCUGAAUAAUGGGAGUGGUUGUAUUUGUUGAGUGUGCUGUAUGCAUUUGUUGCUGAUACAUUUCAAGUGACAGUGUUCUGUCUGUUGAUAUACCACAUUGGCUUUGACUGCUGCUCUGCCACCAUGUUGGCCCUCAGCUAUUGCCAACUAAUACCAGAGGCCCCCAUUAGAUCUCCACAGUACAUGCUCAUCAUGGUCAUAUGUUCUGGAAUGUAUUUCAUUCCAUCUGCAUUGAGGACUGGAUUGACUAUGUGAGCUCUAUUGUUUGUCGCUUCUCUUUCGCUGCAUUUUAAUGCUCUCUAAAACGGUUAUAAACUCUGUAAAAUAAAAUGUAUCACUCACUAAUGUGCUUUUUGACCAGUUUGUAAAUUCUAGUUCUAGAAUGGAGUUCACCCUCAUUGACUUGAUUGCAUGGGAAAUAGGAAGUCGCUGCUGAUGGAAUUCAUGAGAUUUACAAUACUUUAAUUGGUUCGGAACAUGUCUUUAUCUAACUUAAACAUAUUCACUAUUUA